AUGAAUAACGUGCAGAACGAUGAUCUGGAACAUCUGCAGCUGUUCACAGAGUACGGUCGCAUGGCGCUCGAUGAUGAAGGCAGCGGCGCACCCUUCCAGAAGCUACUCUUCCUUAUCCGUGACUGGCAGUUCACUGAGAUUUCGCUGGGAGCAGCCGGAGGCAAGGAAGUUAUUGACGAAUGGCUCAAAGAACCCAGUGGGAAUCAGGAGCAAGAAAAAGUCCGCAAGCAUAUAAGAGAUUGUUUUACUGAGAUCAGCGGAUUUCUACUGCCGUAUCCCGGAAAGAAAGUCGCCUGCGGCGGAAAAUUAAACGUAUGUGCUGGGGACAUGGAGGAGGACUUUGUCCAGUAUCUGAAUGAGUUGAUGCCCAUUCUCCUGGCACCAGGGAACCUGAAGAUCAGAACGGUCGCAGGCAAUCCCAUGAAAGCCCGAGAUCUGGCAAACUACCUGAAAAUGUACCUGGACCUGUUCAAGGGCGACAAGAUCCCCAAGCCACAGAACAUUCUCCAAGUGACGGCCGAGACCAACAACAUGGUAGCACGCCAGGAAGCGAGGUUACAGUACAUCAAAGACAUGGAGAGUGUCCUGGGCGGCGACAGAUCUGCGCUGAGUGAAGGCGACCUGUUCAGGCAUCACAUAGAAUCCACGCACAGGGCUGAAACCACGUUCAAGAAACCGCAAGAAGAUGGGAAGACUGGAAAAGUAUCGGAAUUCAACCACGGCGAACUGCUCAAGGAGAUGGAAGAGUGGUUUAAGCCCGUUGAGAGGCUCAACAAGAUAAAGCUUGAAGAAGAACGGCUGCAAGGCGGAAAAGUUUAA